UUUUAGUGAAAAAAAAUUAAUUGAAUAUUUUCAUUUUCUUUUCUAAGAAAGCAAACAGUAAUUCUUAUACCAUCGAAAUAUAUUCGUUUUCUUUUUUUUUUUUCUCAAAAACCAAACAACCAUAUAACAAAAACCCAAAUCACACUUCAAGUUAAAAUUAUUCUCUCACCAAAAAAAAAAAAAGGUUGAAGCUCUUUGUUGCUCCAUCUUCUUCAACAAAGUACCGAGUAAGAUCGAUUGAAGUUGAAAUCGAUAUGAUUUUAUCUUCCUAGCAAAAGAUCUGUGACGCCCAUAAAGUCAACUUGCUGGAGCAGACCGAAAGGGGAGAGAAAGCAUUGGUAAAAGAGGAGAGUCAGGGGAGAGAAUCAUCAGUGAUAAAAGAGGAGAAGAAUCGGCGAGAGAGAAAUCAUAGAUGAGACAGGAGAAUCAAGGAACGAGGUCACCGGUGAGAGAGAAGAUCGGGCAGAGUAGAGGUCACGGUGUGAGACAAUGUGGGGAGAGAGAAGCUCACCGGCGAGGAGAAAUGGAGAGAGAGAAAGGUGGAGAAGAGGUAGAGAGCCUUGUUAACCAGAGUGAUAAAGAUGCCAGAAACGGUGACGGUGAAACUGCUUACCAAGUUUUGGCUAGAGAGCACAAGGUCUUGCUUAAGGAAGCAGAGGAUUGGAUGAAAGGGUUAGCAAAUUCGUAUAUAAUUGUUGGCACUCUCAUCAUCACCGUAAUGUUCGCCGCAGCUUUUACCCUUCCUGGGGGUAACGAUGAAAAUAAGGGAUUUCCAGUAUUCAAAAACCAAGCAGCAUUUUUGAUCUACAUAAUAUCCGAUGCAAUCUCUCUGUUUGCUGCAGCUGCCUCAGUAAUAAUAUUUUUGGGAUUUCUCACAUCACGUUAUAGCAUGGAAGAUUUCCACAAAUCUAUUCCCAAGAAGUUGAUGGCUGGUCUUUCUACUUUGUUUGUCUCUCUUGCAGCAAUGAUGAUAGCAUUUUGCUCGGCUAUUUUCCUCAUGCUAGAAAACCGAUGGUGGAUUAUCAUUCCUUCUGUGUUGCUUGCGGGCAUUCCAGUCAGCUUGUUUGCGUGGUUGCAAUUUCCUCUGCUUGUUGAGAUUUAUGUUUUAACUUACAGAUCACCAAUUUUCAGUGAGAAAAUAUCCUUGGCAAGCAAAAUAAAAGCAUUCUUCUUUGGGAAAAAGAAGAUUGAGUAGGUCUAAAUGAGUCUUUAUCUUAUGUUUGUCUUUGUUGGUAACGUAGCAACUCUAAGGUCCGUGCUUGGUUGUAAGUGAACAUUAAGUUUAUUGUCACUUUGUUUUUGUUAUGCAAUAGAAUUCUUCUAGUAUU